GAAACCUCAGCGACUGCUCAAUUCAUUUUUCAUGCCUAUAAUUAAAUUUAUAUGUUCAAAAUGCUGCAAGUUCUGUUGUUUGUUUGUUGUUGUUUUUCUCUUUCUUUCGCUCAUAAUAUCGACAUCAAUGUUGGCCCAAUUAUAAAGAAACAUGCUUCUGGCUCAUAUUUUGGUUUUAGUGCAACAGGCGUUUCAAAAGAAAGAAAUACUGUUCCCUGGUUGGCGGUUGGAAGUCCCAGAGCGAAUGAUACAGCUUUUGAUUAUGACUCAAAAACAUACCGAAACACAGGAGCGUUUUAUAAAUGUCCUAUAUCGAUGGACAUGGAAGACUGUACGAGUAUCACCUCUUCUUCUGGCAGUAUUAAUAUUGAUAUUUCUGACCCAUCUGAUGGAUGGUAUGGUGUUUCGGUUGCUGGUGGUGGUGAAAAAGAUCAAAGGCUUAUGGUCUGUAGCCAUAGAGUUAGUGUUCUUCACUGUCGUACAUGCUGGAGACCAACUCUUCCAGGAUAUUGUAUUAUCUACGACAAAGAUGGCAAUAUUGAUGGAGAUGAACUGGACGCAAUUUACAAAAGCAAUGAAAAGGACAAUGCGGGAUUCGACGCAUUACAAAUUGCAGUAUCUUAUAAGCGUUCCAGAUUUGGUCAAACUGGCAUUGGUGCUACUGUUGGAUAUAAGGACAGAAGUUUAUAUGCUGGUGCUGUUGGCGAUGGGAAUUGGAGAGGUUCUAUAGUCACCCUUGAGGGUAAAAAUGAAAGAACAUCAAAACAAGUGUUUUCCUACGGAGGUUAUUCCAUGGCAUCCGGAGCAUUCUUCAUGUCUGAUAGUAACGAUUUUGCUAUUGGUGCUCCAAGAUACGAUAUGAAUGGCGCUGUUUUGCUUAAAAGCUCUCUUGAAAUUGAAGAUCCAAGAUUAAUUAUCAAAGGGGAAAAGUAUGGUUCGUAUUUUGGAAUGGCCGUUGCUGCAGGAGACUUUGAUGGGGAUAAAUUGUAUGAAAUUGUUGUUGGGGCUCCGUAUUUCUCUGAAUCCAUUCCGAGCACUGGAAAAGUUUAUGUUUACAGUGGAAAGAACAAUUUCAUAGCACCAAUACGAAUGUAUACAUCAACGAAUCCUGAAGCGCAUGCGUUGUUUGGUAGAGCUGUGGCUGCUGUUGGAGAUUUAGAUCAAUCAGGAUAUGACGAUUUAGUUAUUGGAGCUCCUUACGAAGGAAAUGGGGGAGUAAUUUAUAUUUAUCAUGGGUCAAACUCUGGUCUUUCUGAAAAUUAUGUCCAGAGAAUUGAAGCAACUGCUUUAAUGAAUAAACCUCAAACAUUUGGAUGGUCGAUUCGUGGUGAAACCGAUCUGGACGCUAAUGGUUAUCCAGACUUGGUUGUUGGAGCAUAUUUGAAUGACACAGUUAUGAUCUUAAGAUCAGUACCAGUGGUUGAAGUGGAUGUCAAAUUUAACCUAUCUUCCCCUUCAAUUGACGUCUCAAAUAAAACAUGCACAAUGGAGGAUAAUAAAGGCAAAAAGUUUCAAACUGUUUGUUUCAAUGUUACAGUUUAUGCGUCAUACAUGGAUCGAGCUAUAAUGAUGACUAAUGAAAUAGAACUGACAUUUCAAAUUGACGCUGAUACGCUUGUACGUGACGUAAAGAAAAGGAGAGUUAUCUUUCAGGCUUCUAAUUCUCCAAAUUUGAUUGUAAAAAAUGCACGUGUGAAAAUGGGAGAAUUGAGUGAUGUUGUCAACGCUCUUGCUUACAUGAAGAUUGAAGAAGGAUAUGAGUACGGCAUUAAUCCUUAUCCAGAUAUUCAACUCAAAGUCACUCCAUCACUUCCUGAUCGAGCAAAACCGAGUCCUCCUCCAACAACUGGAACCCCACCUUCUCUACAACCUUACUUCAAACUACCUUAUACUGUAGGAAGUGAUCCAUUAAGUAAUACAGCAAACUUUUCUGAAACAAUGAUUUAUGUCAAACGUGCAUGUGAUCCAUGUAAGCCAAACCUCAGCAUCAAAAAUGUUGGAACCACGAAAAUUCCCGUAGGAAAAUCAAGUAUAUUCUUGGAUAUAGAAAUUAGCAAUACGGGAGAUACAGCGUUUUCCACCGUUUUCGUUGUCAAUUUACCUGUUCCACUUAUUGUAAGGCCCUGUCCUCCAGAUGUUAAAAAAGAGUGUUUGUAUACGAAUUGUCAAGUUGAAAAGAACGCCACUCGAUUAGUUUGUGAACUUGGAAACUUAAAGAAAUCGUCAAAGAAUUACGCGAUUAAGGUUGAUACAGUUAAAGCAUCGAAGUCUCGUAGUACCUACAUUGUAACUAUGAAUGUUUCAAGCUUAAACGAAGAAGAUAAAUCUUUGUUGGGCGAUAAUUAUUUAUCUUUGGAACUAAACGUUACAUCCACGGCUGAUAUUGAAUUGCUAGCAUCGACCAGUGGAGGCAAGUUAUAUGGUGGAGUUGUUCGCGGCCAGUUUGCCAUGGACAGUGUCAAAGAGAUUGGUAUAGAAGUUGAUCACACUUAUAAGGUUCUGAAUAAAGGUCCCGACAUUAUGCCAGAAGUGAAUAUUACAAUUCAUUGGCCAUAUCAAGCAGCAAAUGGCAAACAUUUGUUGUAUCUCGUCGAUAUCAUGGGUAAGGGCAUCAAAUCAAAAAACGCAAAGUGUUUCCCUGACGAAGGUGUCGUUAACUCCCUUGCCUCCCAGUUCACUGAAGAUAAAAAUCGUCGCCGACGUCGUGCUGUUGAAGAAAAACAAGCAUCUCCAGCCAAGUCUCAAGAUAGGGAAGGAUCUGCUUCGAUGGUUGUUUUGGACUGUAGAAAUGGCACAGCUAUGUGCGUAAACAUACCAUGCACUUUUUACAACAUCAACCCGGAUGAAUCAGUUGAAGUUGUGAUAAAAGCAAGAUUAUGGAACGGAACUUUACUGGAGGAUUACUCUGGUCGGGAUGUCCAUGUCAUCUCAUAUGGUCGUAUUACAGACUGGACUAGUUAUGUUGUUGAAAAAGACGACAGCAAUCAUGAAGCAGAGGCUGUCAGCAGGUUUUUCCCAGACUCUAUUAAAACAAAAAAGAGAAAAAUUGCUGUUUGGAUAUACGUUGUAUCUGCUGUUGCCGGUCUUGUACUUCUUAUUAUUCUCAUUGUUGUCUUUAAAAUGUGUGGAUUUUUCAAUCGUAAACAACAAUAUACUUCGGUACCAGAUAGUUAAUUAUGUGAACAAAUUCUGGAUGAUGAUAUUUUGUGGCGAUGGCAAGUAUAUCUAUUAUCUCAAUUGGAGUUUUUCAAGUGAUUGACUACGGCAGUUGGUUUGGUAUUUUAUAUAAGAUGUGCAUAUUGUAGUUAGAACAGAGACAAUAUCAUAUUUGUAGGAUGUUCAAUUCAAACUUUUUGUGUGUAAAUGAAAUUUUAAUGUAUCUUUUUAUGGUUUACAACAUUAAAAAGUGACCCUAUCUAUAUAUUCGUUGUUAUAUGAUAAACUUCAUGUUAUUUUACCUUUUCGUCGAUAUCUGACACUUCUUCAUGUAGCUAACAAAAUGUUGAAUUGUUUAUAUAGCAAGACUUUUGAAUAAACUUUUUUCAAGUUGUUGUAGUA